GCUGAAUGCUUGAACAAACGGUCAACUUACUUAUCUGAGAAGAAGAAAAAAAAGAUAAACGAAGCAGGAAGUUUGGACCAUGAUCGCCUCUCAUCUCCUAGCGUACUAUUUCACGGAACUCCACCAUGACCAGGUGCAGAAAGUGGAUAAGUACCUGUACCACCUGCGUCUGUCGGAGGAGAGCCUGAUGGACCUGUCGGUGCGCUUUCGGCGCGAGAUGGACCGAGGGCUCGGCCGGGACACCAACCCCACCGCCUCCAUCAAGAUGCUGCCCACCUUCGUUCGGUCCACCCCUGACGGGACAGAAAAGGGCGAUUUCCUGGCGCUGGAUCUGGGAGGGUCAAACUUCCGGGUGCUGCUGGUGAAGGUUUCGACCAGCGGGAAGCAGAGGGUGGAGAUGGAGAACCAGAUCUACGACAUUCCGGAACACCUGAUGAGGGGGUGUGGCUCCGAUUUGUUUGACCACAUCGCAGAUUGUCUCGCUGAUUUCCUGGAGAAGCUGGGCAUCAAGGACAAAAAACUGCCACUUGGCUUCACCUUCUCGUUUCCGUGUCAACAGACCAAACUGGACGAGAGCGUCCUGCUGUCGUGGACGAAGGGUUUUAAGGCGAGCGGGGUGGAGGGCAAGGAUGUGGUAAGCCUGCUGAGGAAGGCCAUCAAGAAGAGAGGGGACUUUGACAUAGACAUUGUGACGGUAAUCAACGACACCGUCGGCACCAUGAUGACGUGCGGAUACGACGACCAGCGCUGCGAGAUCGGACUCAUCAUCGGCACGGGCACCAACGCCUGCUACAUGGAGGAGAUGCGGCACCUGGAGCUGGUGGAGGGGGACGAGGGGCGCAUGUGCGUCAACACGGAGUGGGGCGCUUUCGGGGACGACGGGAGCCUGGAGGACCUGCGCACGGACUUCGAUCGGGACAUCGACGCCGGCUCCCUCAACCCCGGCAAGCAGCUGUUCGAGAAGAUGAUCAGCGGGAUGUACAUGGGAGAGCUGGUGAGGCUCAUCCUGGUGAAGAUGACCAAGGAGGGCCUGCUCUUCCAGGGCCAGGCCACGCCCGACCUGCUGGCCUCCGGACACUUCCAGACCAGCUUCGUCUUCGCCAUCGAGAACGAGAAAGACAACGAGGGUCUGCUGAGCACAGAGAAGAUUCUGAUUGGUCUGGGCCUGACGCCGUCGGCGGAGGACUGCGUGGCGACGCAGCGGGUGUGCCAGAUCGUGUCCACGCGCGCGGCCCACCUCUGCUCGGCCGCGCUCACCGCCGUGCUGCGGCAGAUCCGCGACAACAAGGCGGCGGAGAGGCUGCGCACCACCGUCGGCGUGGACGGAUCGGUGUACAAGAACCACCCGCAGUUCGGGCGGCGGCUGCACAAGAUGGUGCGCCGCCUGGUGCCCGACUGCGACGUGCGCUUCCUGCGCUCGGAGGACGGCAGCAGCAAGGGCUCCGCCAUGGUGACGGCCGUGGCGUACCGGCUGGCUACCCAGCAGGCCGAGCGGCAGCGGGUGCUGGACACGCUGCGGCUGAGCCGCGAGCAGCUGCUGGAGGUGAAGAGCAGGAUGGAGGAGCAGAUAUGCCGCGGCCUGGCCAGGGAGACGCACCAGCAGGCCAGCGUCAAGAUGCUCCCCACCUUCGUCAGGUCCACGCCCGACGGGACAGAGCACGGGGACUUCCUGGCGCUGGACCUGGGCGGGACCAAUUUCCGGGUGCUGCUGGUGCGCGUGCGGAGCGGGAAGAGGCGCAGCGUGGAGAUGCACAACAAGAUCUACGCCAUACCCCAGGACACCAUGCAGGGCACGGGGGAGGAGCUGUUUGAUCACAUCGUCAACUGCAUCGCAGACUUCCUGGAGUACAUGGGCAUGAAGGGAUCGUCUCUACCCCUGGGGUUCACCUUCUCCUUCCCCUGCAAGCAGAACAAGCUGGACGAGGGCGUGCUGUUGAAGUGGACGAAGGGCUUCAAGGCGUCGGGCUGCGAGGGAGAGGACGUCGUCGGCCUGCUGAAGGACGCCGUCCGCCGGAGGGAGGACUUUGAUCUGGACGUGGUUGCCGUGGUGAACGACACAGUCGGCACGAUGAUGACCUGUGGCUACGAGGACCCGCACUGUGAAGUGGGGCUGAUCGUGGGCACGGGCACCAACGCCUGCUACAUGGAGGAGAUGCGGAACGUGGAGCUGGUGGAGGGGGACGACGGGCGCAUGUGCGUCAACAUGGAGUGGGGCGCCUUCGGGGACCAGGGCGAGCUGGACGACGUCUCCACGGAGUUCGACCGCGCCGUGGACGAGCUGUCCGCCUACCCCGGGAAGCAGAGGUACGAGAAGAUGAUCAGCGGGAUGUACCUGGGCGAGGUGGUGCGGAACGUCCUGCUGGACUUCACCGCCAGGGGCCUGCUGUUCCGCGGCCGUCUCUCCGAGCGCCUCAAGAGCCGCGGGAUCUUCGAGACCCGCUUCCUGUCCCAGAUCGAGAGCGACCGGCUGGCCCUGCGGCAGGUGCGGUCGAUCCUGCAGCACCUGGGCCUGACGAGCAGCACGUGUGAGGACAGCAUCCUGGUGAAGGAGGUGUGCAGCGUGGUGUCGCGGCGCGCCGCCCCGCUGUGCGGCGCCGGCCUGGCCGCCGUGGUGGACCGCAUCCGCCAGAACCGCCAGCUGCCCGAGCUCCGCGUCACCGUGGGCGUGGACGGCACCCUGUACAAGCUGCACCCGCAUUUCUCCACUAUAAUGCUGGAAACCGUCCGGGACCUGGCUCCUCAGUGCAACGUGUCCCUCCUCCAAUCAGAGGACGGCAGCGGAAAGGGGGCGGCUCUAAUCUCAGCAGUGGCCUGUCGCCUCCGUGAUGCGGGCCAGCAUUGAGCCAAUCAGUGCUCGGCGUGGAAAAAAGGGAACAGGAAGUGGGUAACCAAAUAUGACCUCUCGUUCACUGGCGAUUGGGGGGUGGGGACUGUUCAUUCGUUGGUUGUUUGUCAGGGGGGUGUGGCUACUGUUGCACAUGAAUAGGGGGUGAGAGGAGGGGCGAGGUCCUCGUGAGAUUACACUUACAUGUUUAAAUGUGUAUGUUAUUUUACAUGUGAGCAGGCAGCAGGGUCUAGAGAGCCCAGAUCCACUGUCUGCAGCUUUAAACCUUGUAGUCUGAGUCCAUCAGAAAUGACUGCCUUUGUCUUUAUAACUGUAUACACUUUAAGUUAUUUACUUUGUACAGCAUGCUUUCAUAAACUCCCGCCCUUUCUCUCUCUCUCCCUCGUGCACUUCCUGUCUACACGCGGGGGAAAAGAGGGGUGGAUAUUUAUUGUGAAACCCAUGUUAAGAACAUUAUUUUAGGGCCUUGCGCCCCAAAACUAGAGUUAUGCAGUUAUGGUUAUGUAUAACUGAAGUUCAGGGCGUACGCUGGGAAGUUCAGGUACUGCUUGUGCGUGUUGCUGUUGGCAGCGCUCCUCUUUUGAAGUUCCUCCACCUUUUGUUUUUUUUUUUGAGGAAAAAGGAUGAUCUGUGUAGAGACUAUGUAGGCUACCACAGAAGAUAGUUUAUCACUGUUUUUAUUAGAUUUAGAUUUUAUGAGCUGCAAGCUCUUACGAGAGAAAUUUCGACACCUGCAAUUUCGACUAUUACGUUUAACGGCGGCGAUACCUACUGCAAACCUAAAAUGUUUGGUGCGUUGCUGUAACUGUUCAAUUUUUCCGUUUUUUAUUUCAUUAAAGCACAAAGGUUUUGUUGUUUUUUUGAGCUUAGUUUGUUCAGCUUUGAUUAAGCCAUAUAAUCUGUAAGAUUGUACUGCAUCACAUCACUUAUAAAAUCACAAUAAAAUCACUGCCACGCAUAAGAAAACCAGGUACCAAAGGCAAAAAAAAAAGAGUAUCUAAAAAUUAUUUUUAAUUGAACCUGUGCAAUUGCAUAAAUAUAACGACAUGAUGUGGUGACCAAUUAUAUUUCAGGAAACAUUCCAACUAAAUGUGCAAUAGCAGCGGGACACUAGUGGUUUGUUCAGGUGAGCUUACAGUAAGGUUAUGUUUGCAGUAAUGGGGUAGAGGUGCCGUCUUAAAUGGGCAGAAGUGGUUUAUUUAGCCCAGGUAAAUUGAAACCGGAGGUGAUGCAAUGCAUGAAGGUAAAACAUAACUCCUAGGAGCUAAGUCAAUACAGUCACGGGUUCUGAUUUGGGUAGAGAAUGUUUCUCAGCCAAUGCUGUUCAUCACUUCUACUCGCCCCCAACCCCCACCCCCCCACCCUCAAGAAUUGGUACAGCAGCAGUGCGCAUUCUCAUUUACGGUUUUAUUCCUGGUCCUGACCAAAUGAUUACCAAAAAAAAAAAAAACAUUUUCACCAAUGUUCAGAACAAAAUGACUCUUCUUUCAUUGGACUGUGUUUCGGUUGGCAACGUGUUACAUUGAAAUCUGCAGAGAUCAAGUCUUUUCAGUGCACAUUUGACCUUUGACCCUUUGGUCUGCUUGUGACGGGCAGAUUCACCGUCACUGACCGGAUGAAGAACGCUGCUACCUCCAUUCUAAAUGACAAACACUGCAUUUUCAUUAUGUGCUGUGCAAAUGAUCAACAACUAAUAUUUGUAAUUUGGUUUGGUUACUUAGAAACAAAUUGCAUUAGAACAUGUGCAAAAAGAUUUACCAGUAAGGCAAUUCUGUUUCUCGUUCGUGAUUUCUUUGGCCCAAUAAAUUAUGGUUUGGUUAA